GUGUAAUAUGUGCUGGCCGCGUUAGCGCGACACGUUUACUGCGUUUACGAUCGGGGGUCAGCGGUCCCCGGAAGACAAUUUUUAUUCAUCGCAAGAAAGACGUGUGUGCUAUACAGCAUAGUCGAUCAACCUUUGCGCUACAAUCAUCCUUGAAAGCGGGCCGCAGAGCAGCGGAACACAAACAGUAUAGUAGCAGUGCAAUUGACACAAAGCGAAAGGGACGGCACAUCCUGUUCCGUUCCUUCCAUACACAUCCUGUUUGUGUACGGCAGCGCGGCGUAGUAGGUGCGUACCGUUUUCCAAUGUAAGCCAGUGUUGUGCGACUACGGCGGAGGGUUUUUUCGGGUAAAGAAGAGAAACUACAUUUGUGUCGUGUACCCCCGGUGGGCAACCGCAAUACCGGGGCGGAAGGAGUAGAAAGCAAAAGCAAACCUGGGAGCAUAUACUACAAACUUGCAAGCAAUGUCAAUUUUGCUGCACGAGACCGCGGGCAGCGGCGGUGGUGGAGGACCAACAGCGGCUGCCGCAGCAACAUCGUCCAUGGACGGCGGCAAUGACUCAACACUAGCCAUCGAGGAACCGCCGUCAAAAGAUGGCCGCACUGGCAAAUGCAAACUGCACUGUCUCAGCUGGAAGUUAGAUAUGCUUAUCCAGAAAACAGUGAUUGAUGUUGACGAAGAGAAUGGCGUUCCGGUCGCGGAGAAUGGUUCCGACCUGACGCCAACGCCUGACCAGCAGCAGCAACAGCACGCCGAAAAUUUGUUUCCGCUCAAGUGCUGUUGUCGUUCGUGCAACAAUUCCCGAGAAAUGGUGGUGCAGCUGUACGCCGAGGAUUGCCAGUACAACUCGCUCUGGGACCGAUUGCAGCUGCUGAUGAAACAAUACUACGAUUUGAUACCAGAAUCCGAAGAUAAUGCACUUUACAAUCAGUACAUGGAGCUAAUGAGCAAAUCGUCGCGCAAGUGGUUCUCGGAUGCACGUUUCAAAACGAACAACAUGAACCAGGUGUCGCUCGCGUCGAAUUUGCCGCUGUCCAACGAAAUGGCGUUUGUGAUGCUUUCGAACGUGCUGACCUCGCGCGAUCCGCACCAGCUGUUCGAGCUGCUCUGUCUGCAGCUACGCUCCAUCGUGCAGGUGUACUGUAUCGGGUUCGAGAAUCUGUUCACCGAGAGCGCGGAAGCGGGCGUCGGCAGGGAGUACAGUCCGCCGGACGUGUUCGACUACAUUCUGACCGGGUACCGGAAGCUGUGCCAGUCGGCGACCAAUGUCACGCCGCUGCUGCAGAUGCUGGAGCAGCGGCAUCUCUUCAAGUUCGGGCUGAACUGGCAGAUGAUCAAUCAGCGCAUCUACCAGCGGUACUUUUACUACGAGGUGCAGAAGAUCGUACCGGAGUGUAUGGCCCGGAUGAUGCAGCUGUCCGGUCGCGAGUACCAAGAGACGGUGGCACGGUUUUUCAAGUUCGAUAAGGAAAUGUGCGGGAUCUCGCUCGAGUGGGUCGAUGUGUGGUCGCUGCUGUACAACUACCAUCGAGGGCCGGAGGAUAGCGAACGGCGAGCGCGCAUCAAAACGGUACACGCACUGCUGAAGUCGAUCCGGGACGCUCGAUACGCACCCGACGCCGUCACGGAGCUGCAUGGGAAACCGGGACGACCGAUAACCGAGUGGCUGGAGCUCGAAGAUCGGCAGCUUGUCUGGGAGUACGUGGUGCAUUGUCUGAAAACCAAGUGGAUUCCGGGCAGCAGCGAACGACUGACAACGUUUACAAACUUGAUGAAAUGCUCUACCUGUAACUUAGCGCUUGAUCCGCACAAUAUUCUAUGCAAGUGUCAAACGUGCAUCAUAGCAGGCGGUUUCUUUACCACCAGCUCGAAAAAAAAAGUACACGAGCGAUGCUUGAUGUGUAUGUGCAUAAGAUCCAACGACACGCUGCUGGAAAAGGAGGGCCCGCUGAAUCUGUUUGGUGGUGACGAUGGUGGCAGUACGCCGACGGCAAACGGGCACCAACGGUCGGGCGGAUUUCUUCUCAAUGGGCGAGCGUUGGCGGCCAAGCUGAACGGCACAGCGAUGGAGACCGGGUACGGCGAACUUGAAGCGGAAUGGAAAGCGGCGGACGAUGCGGAUGAGCUGUAUCACAUUGCCUGGGCAACGUUCAAGCACCUGUCGGGGCGCCAGAAGUACAAGUGGGCCACACUGGAACCGUCGCGCUUUUGCACCUUUCAGACGAAGCCCUGCCAGCAGGUACCGUGCAUCGUGGCGCUCAACAUCGUCGCGAUGCUGUACCCACCCAAUCACUCCCGGGUGCUGCUCCGCUCGUACAAGCCGGUUUGCGACGAGCUACGCAUCCGGUUGGCGGGCAGCUGGAACAUGAAGGCGUGCGGCGUUGUGCGCCACGUCUGCGAGGGCCUCGACCGCCGGUGGCUGGGGGACGUGGAGAACAAGAUGCACCCGUUGCAGUGCAUCGAUAUGUUUUGGGCGCCGCAGAACUCAUCCUUCGACAUGUCACCCAGCCGGGCGGCGGAACUGGCCGAGUAUUUCAUGCACGAGAUGCACGUGCCGCCGCGCGCCGUGCUCUAUCAGUAUUUUAGCAAGUUUUUUGUCGUGAAGAACAACGACAUCACGAUCGAUUUGACGAGCUACGAUAAGGAGUGCGAAAAUGAGAAAGAACGGGAGCACGAGCUCGAUCGACAGCGAACGUUGCAGAUACGAGCGAUGCAGCGAUCCCGGCUCGAGACGAAUGCUGCCGCCAUGUUAGCCCCUUGCCCAUCGACCCUCUCGUCCUCGGCCUCAUCGUCCUCUUCGUCGUCCUCGUCCUCCUCAUCAUCUUCAUCGUCAUCUUGUUCGUCGCUUUCGGUCGGCCUUACGACGGAUACUACAGCGGCUGCCGUCGCGGCCGCUGCUGCUGCUGCUGCGGCCGCCGCUGCCGCCGCCGCCGAUUCACCGACAAGCGACACGUUGGCGAGUGAGAGCGCCAGCAGCAUCCUUGCCUGCGAGGGUUGUAAGCGAUGUCAGUACGAUGGUAUGAUCAGCGCGGUUAAAGUGCUUGCGAAAAGGCAAGAAACGCCCGGAGCCGUGGAUUCGCGGACAUUGGCCAGCGGCAGCAGUAGCAGUCACACCACAACAGGCAAUAGCAAGAACUUACAGGAACGGAAUAUAGCACAAAAUUUGAUGCAGGAGAUGAGUGAACAACCCCAUACUUGCAACGGUCCAGCGGGGGAGACACCGGGGAAAGAAAAGGUCGAGCCGCCGAAAGGUGAAACGGAUCACGACUCGAAAGUUUCCAAUUCCAUCCCGAAACCAUCCGCCGCCGGAGUUGCUUCCAGUGGUGAAGUGUCAUCGAAGGUUGUGAAGAAGGAGCAGGAAGUACAAAAAACUGCCCGUAUCUCGACGCAGCCGGAAAAUGCGUCGUCUGAUGCAAAACGAGUCCACCCGGACAAUGCACUACAAGCGUGCACCACCUCUGCGCCCGAGGCCCGUCUGGAAGAAGGGAAUCCUCCCCUUCCUCCACCAAAGGCGCAAACAGUUUCAGCAACCCCACCGCCAUCGAAAUCCUCCCUGAACGAGGGCAAAUGCAUGGGAGCACCGGGCAAAGAGUCGGACCAGCAGAAUACGCCCGCAAAGUUGUCCGCUUUCGCGAAGUUGGCCGCAAAUAAAAUACCGUCGAAACACGCGCCGGUAGCAUCUGUGGCACCUGGCGGUAGCGGGACGCCUCUGUCAAAACCACCCAACGCUCCGGUGGGUAACGGAACUGCUGCUGUUGCUGCACCGACACCGACGAAAGCGUUAACGAAACCGGCUCCCCACGGAGCGCAAUGUAGUAGCGGUGGACAUCAACGUGUACCGGGUGCUUCCGCUGCCUCCAAACCGACACCACCGACCGCGACCCCAGCUGCGUCAUCCCAUACGCACUGCGGGAAGCCUUGCCCGUGUGUCGUCCCUUCCGGUUCCUCUAAGGCGAAGGCAGCCACGGCCCAUUCGAAAGACGAGCACAAAAAGUCGUGUCAUCGUGGCGGUGCCAACUCGUCCGUUGCCGCUUCACCAGCUGGAGGAGGGGACAAGGUGGACGGAACUUGCGUCUGCUACUAUUGCACCUUGUUUGGCCAGAAUGAGUGCAAUCAUAAUCAACGGACGAACGAAACACGCGAACGCCUUCGAAAGCGCGUAAAUGAGCGAAAAAAUCAAUCGGGAGCGACGGCAGGUACAAAAAGCAAAACCCAGGCACCAAACGUCGUUCGGAAGACGGUUCCCGAGAAGGCGGUUCGCAAAGGGGCGCGCAAAUCGGUGUCACCGGAGGCAAGCGCGAGCUACGAGCAAUCGAUUGAGGAUCUCAUCCGUUACAUCGAGGGAGAUGACGCGAUGGGUAAAGAUGCUGACGCUACUAAACCCGGCGGUAGCAAACCAACCCGAUCGGAUUCAAAGCAACCACCGUCGUCGUCGUCGUCGUCGUCGGCGUUUGCCCCGGCACCGUCCGUGACCGCCGUGUCACCGUCGCUGAUGGCAACGCUCUCGCCGACGAUGGCGGAAGCCGUAGCGGCGGAGAAGCACAAGGCGACCAAAAAGUUGCUUAAGAAGAGUGGCCAGAAAAUGGUCCGCCAGCUGCACGAGCUGCAGGAACUGUUCCACGACUGCAAGCGGGAAGAACAACUGGCGCACGAGCAUUUGCAGAAGCGCACCGGGUUAAGCGAGCGCGAACGGGCCGAAAUCCAAGGCGCACUGAAGGCAUUCCGUGAGCGGAAGAACCAUCUCGAGCAGGAGAUAGUAACGCUGGUGGCCAGCAUUAGAACUAUCAUGCCGGAAUUUCCCUUCCAACUGGAUGCCUUUAUAACCGACCCGGUCCCGCGGGCUGCUCGUUCCGGCUGGCCACAACAGCAAGGUAUUCCUACCGCACAGCAGCAGCAUAAUCCUAUGCCUCCGCCACCAAACGCCAAUUUGACCUCGGCCAAUGCCGCAUACGCUCACGUUCAGUUACGUGGACACCAGCAGGUUCCACUACCACCGGCGGCACCACAAAGCGAUCUGGAAGAUCCGCCCGGUACCACGCGGCAGAUAGUGACGAUCAAACGGACUCUGUUGCCGCAUGCCACCUCUCAGGUAACGGUGACCGCAAAGGGUGACUCGCCCGACCAGGACGAGGUGCUGUACACGUUCGUUAACGGGCAGCUCGUUCGACGCGGUCCAGCCAAAGACGGGAACACCGUUCGAGAGCCGCCGAAACCAGCCACAACCGCCUCGGUCACCGUAGAGCAUGUCAAGAAGCAGGUCAACCAAAAAGGCACGAAGCAGCAGCAGCAGCAAUUGCCGCUGGGCAAUCCAUUUGCCGAACUGAGCCAGCACAAUCAACAUCUCGUUCAACACAACGUUGAGCUGAUCGAAGAACCAGACGAUGCUAACCUGGGCAAGCGGUCGUCUCGAUCGAAGAAAAAGGGUGCUAACCAACAACAACAGCAACAACAGCAGCAGCAGCAGCAGUUGCUGCCACUGUCCACUACCGAAUUCCUGCGCGACCGAAUGUUGCGCCAGAGCGUCGAGAUGAUACACAACCUGCAGGCGGACCAAAAAGGCAUCCCGGAAAUGCUUCUUCUGGCGAACAAAGUCAAGAAGAAUCUGUUCCAGUUGCAAAUGUCGCCGGAUCAGCAGCAGCAGCAGACGCCGCCUGCAAGCAACGUACCGGUGGCGAAGAAGGAGACGGCUCGAUCCGAGGCAGCACCUCCGGCCCCAGCGAGUGAAGCGAACGCUAAGGGUAAGAAGAAAAAGGAACGCAAAAAGGACAAACUCAUCGAUGAGAUUGAGGAAAUUGUGGCCCGGCUGAACCUGCUGGACAGCGACGAGGAGGAAGCCAAACCGGCGAAGGGAUCGAAAAAGGGUUCCGACGUUGUGAAGACGCUUAAUCGAAAGCAAAGUAAGGAUUCAAUCGUUUCUGGGGGUAGUGGUGGUGGUGGUGGAGGUGGAGGUGCUGUCAAACAGCAACAAAAGCAACCGACCAACCAACCACUACCCAAGCAACAACCGAAACGGAACCAAUCGCAUGACUCGCUGCAAGCGAAGGCAAAAGAAAAUGUUGUCCCGAACGCCGUACCGCCGGCCCCGCAACCGGCCAAGGGGAAACCGACCAAAGAGAGCAAAGCCAACAAGCAACAGCCCGCUGCUGAAGUGAAGGAAAAGAGUAAGGAAAAAGAAAAGCAAAAGCCGGCGUCAACCAAGCAGGAGCAGGAGCAAAAGGAGAAGGAACCACCGGUAAAGCAAACCACUGCCAAUGUCAACCCGACGACUACGACCACGACCACGACGGGGGAUGAAAAGGUUGGUCGCAAGCGGGUUACGAAAACGUUCAUCGAUCCAGAGUUUGAUAACAACGCCUUCCGGUUGCUCAACCUCGAUGAGUCCGAAUCGGAUGUGGAGGAAGAAGGAGAAGAGGAGAAGCAGGAGGAAGAGAAAAAGGUGCCACCGGAACAACCGCCGGUGCCGUUCAAAAAGGAGCAGACGGAAGUGAAGCCGCCCUCCAAGCCGCUGCCAGAGGAACAGCAAAAGGAUGGAAAAGGGAAGCAGAAAUCGUCCACCGAUUCUUCGACGAGUUGCGCGCCCGCGAAGAGUAAAUCGGAUGGCGCGAUUAAUGGUGCCCCGUCCUCGUCGAAGGUGAAGGUGACCGGUGAGAAGGAGAAAAAGUCGGCACAAAAGAAAGCCGCCGCGAAGGAUCCGACGGUGCAAUCGAAGGCUGCCCAUGCCGAGAAGGACAAGGAAAAAUCCACCGGCACGACGGAGGGCAACGAUUUAGGAGCGCGCCCGAAGAAACUUACGCCCGCUCAGUCGAUGGUGGAGAAAAUCAGUGCCAUGCUGGACAGCCCGGGGCUGUCGAACCGGCAGCGCAAGCAAAUGAUACGCCAGCUCGAGCAGGCGCAGGCCACGAUCCAAUCGCAGCUGCUACAAAACUCGGCCAAGGUAGCGAAGGCGAAAACGCAGGCGCAAGCGCAGCUAGAGAAGUCCGCUAUUCAGGCCAAGGCCCAGGGCGGCAAGCAGCAGCAGCAGCAGCAGCAGCAGCAGCAGCCAGCUAAGGAGGGUAAGGAGCCGAAGGGAAAGCAAUUGCAGCAGCAGCAGCAGCAGCAGCAGCAAACACAAGGCUUUGGUGCGGGGAAUGGUGGCUCCGGCAGUUCCAGCUGCUCCAGUAGUAGCAGCCUGAUGGAUCAGCUGAGUCGCGGAGUGCGCGUGGAAGGGUUAAACCUACCGCCGGGCAUUACGUUGACGCGGGUCGACGCGUCCCAGGCGGAGGCGCUCAAGUUCAAGCGUGACUCGAUCCGCAAGAUCUGCGAACCGAUGAAACCGAUCGUACCGAACCCGCUCGAGCAGCCGGCAGUCAUUCCGGGUGUCGUUGGUGGAAGCGCCGGGAUGAACCCCCCGGGUAUGUUCGUCGUAAAUCCGAUGUCGUCACUGCCGCUGGCGGCUGGUGGUGGCCCACCCAUAAUGGCCGGGCAGGACGCGGUCAUAAUGGUGAACACGGCAAAGCUGAAGGGCAAGGAGCAAGGCUUUGGGCAACAACAACCUACCGCCCAGGACGCGACCGGGCAGGCUAGCAAGAAGCGCAACAAGCGGCGCAACAAGAACAAACUGAAGGAUCCGGACGUGACUGGUGUGCCCGGAACAGCGGCCGGACACCCCGGAGGACUAAUGUCGGCAACGCGCCGUCCUGAUGGCAGCAAAAUAGUAACCCUGCGCAAUCCCAUGUUCCAGGGGCAGGCUGGCCACCCGAUGGGCGGUGGUGCUGGCCCAAUGCGCCCCGGUGUCGGCGGUCCGCCGGGAAUGAUGCCACCGGACGUGCAAGGUGCCCGGGCAACACUAGGCUACGAUCAGCCGGCAACGAUUUUUAAGAACGACAACGGCAUGUUCACGAUUCGCAACCCGGCCCUACAUCACGCCCUUUCCGGUGGUGCCCCACCGGAGGCGUCCGGUUUUCGUCCGUUCAACGCGGCCUAUCUGGUCGAGAACGGGAUCCUUCCGUCGGCCUCGAACGCUCAUCCCGGAAUGGGGGGCCCGGGCGCACCGCUCGUGACGGCGGCCGUAUCGCCCGGUGUCGUCGGCCACAACUGUGGCAUUCCGCCGGGCUAUAUGCAACGAUUUGCUCCACCACCACCACCACCCCCACCGCCACUGGACGGCGGAAUGGAUCCGGCCGGUGGGAUGGAACCACGGAAGUGUAAAUCCGUCAUCGGCAGCGAGAUGAAGAACGCGCAGAAGCAAAAGCAACACCAACAGUACCAACAGCAGCAGGGUGGCGUUCCUCCCUCGGCCGUCGGUUGGCAGCACGCGAAUGGUGGCCCAUCCGGGGUCGGCAACGAUCUCUUCAGCACGCCACCUCCCACCUCGACGAUCGGCGGCGGUCCUGCUGGUGGUCAGCGGUCGUCCGUUUAUUCGUCGUACGAUCGGUACAACCUUGGCGGCGGGCAGGAUCUGAUGAAUCCAACCAUGGGAGGAGGGUACGCCGCCGGCGGUAACAUGAUGGGCCCCUCGUCCGGCUACUAUCGUCCCGGGGUGGGUCCAACGGGCACGGCCGGUGUAAGUGCGAUCGGUUCGGAACGUUCGCAUGGGCACCACUAUCUGGGCGGACCGGAAGCGGCGGCGGCGGCGGCUGCAGCGGCUCGUGGUCAGAUGGGUGCACACCACUGCUGUGACGACGACGGACCUCCGAACCCGUACUAUAAAGGUGGCAGCUUGGGUGGAAUUGGUUCGCUGAACCGGUACGACGAUCUGUCGUUCCUGCAGAGUCUACAGCCAGGUCAAAGAUUGAACAGUGAGGUUACCAUCCACAGUAUCAACGAGUCGAAGCUUCUCCGCCAGCAAGCGCAAAGCUUGACGAACGAUAUCGAGAUCACCAGGAUACCGGCACCGUCUCCUUCUGCCGGUGCUAGAGCCGAUCGGGUAGCCGGCGGAAGUGUCGCGGGCAGCAUGUCGCUGCAGCAGAUGAUGCAAAGUACUGCCCAACAUCACCACCGGCCGCAACAAUACCCGCCGGAAAGUAUCCAGCAAACCCAUCAACAACAGCAGCAGCAGGUACUCCUUUCCGAUCUAAGUCCCGGCUCCGGUUCGGUAGGCUCAGGCAGUGGUUCCGGCCCCCGUACCACCCGCGUUUCGUUGAACGAUUUCAUGGACAGUCGUGUGCCGGUCAGCUCGGCCGAUUUAAUCGCUCCUUCGCUCGAGCUGGACGCGAAGCGGUUCUUGCGCGAGUACCAAAUGGGCCAGUUGCAGCAGCAGAUGCAGGAGAUGCAGAUACAACAGCAGCAGCAACAGCAUCAUCGACCCGGGGAGUAUGGUGAUAACAUGUUCGGUGCGAAGCAACAGAAGGUGGUCGAUUCGGACGAGCGGGAUCUGGACGCGCUCAAGCAAUACAACUACUUCUUAAACCCAUCGACCGACACACCGGUUAGCAGCUGUGGCACCAACAGCAGCAGUAGCAAACCGAAUGCGUUGUCAACAGCUGGCACCAAGUAUUCCGCCGGCACCGAUGGACUGCUGGAGGAUGGAAACCCGGGCGGGGUUAGCAUCGGUGGAGAUGAUCUGCAACGGCCGCAACAACCACCGAUCGGGACACCCUCAUCCAAGCAUCGGUUACAGCAGAACGGUACACCCGUCUCGUCCGCUUCCGGUUGCCCAGUUCUCUAUCCGGCCACCGCCGACAGUCCGGCAUCGUCCGUUUCCGUACCCUUCGAUGGCAUUUCCUCUUCCCUGAGCAGCCAGGCGCACUCGUUCGACGAUCUUUACACGGAACUGUUAACUGGCUCUCCACCAGCCGCCCUCAGCUUCCACCACCCGCCACCGACGACAAGCUCGCUUGUGAACGGACUUCCGGAUUCGGAUUCUUCGAGUCUGGACAUGGGUCACCCCCGCGGGGCCAGUCCGGCAUCGAUAAGCAAUAAGUAAAAAAACAAAAUCGCGCAUCAACAAAGCAGUAGCGAAAAGUAAAACGUGUGCGACGCAACUGCGCAAAACAGUUUGGUGCCAUAAUGCCACCACCCCCACGUACACACAUACACACAAACACAGAAAUACGUGUCCUGAUCGAUGUACGAUCAUGACGCACUGACGACUGCCAUCGCGUAAUAUUUUUCCUUUUUUAAUAUUUUUCGCUAUCGCCUUCGCUGCACACCACACGAUGCUCUCAAAGAGCGAAAAGCACGAAGACGACUCAUGGAUCGACGAUUACCCGCCAAGGCCGUUGGUUGGGCUCGCGCAGUCAGUGUAACCGUAAGCAUUUCAACACAAAAACGGCGGCAGCUGGCCCCGCGAUAUACCACGAUCCUCCAAGACGAAGAGUCUGACGCGGAGAGCACACAAGAGGCGAGAUAUCGAAACUCGCUUCAUCUCGCCUCGGUUUUGUUCCAGCGCGCAUUGGGCACGGUGUUGCAUUUUGUUCAAUUCGAUUUGUUCAAUAAUUUCUACACACAUCCCAGGUGGCUGCGAACCGGAUGACGAAAAAAUGAAACAAAUGACAUGUACAUAGAUGCUUCCUAUACAGCAUGGAAAUGCGGAAACAUUUUCUCCAGCUGACGAAUCGGUAUCGGUCAAACGCGCCUAGCGGCAGUGAAGAGAACAACACAUUCAACCAGGUUUUUGGGCACGACAUAAAGUGCGCAUUCGGAGAACUACCGUACUUUUCGAGGGUUGACGAAAUGAUAGAAAUGGCACACACACACAUGGAUGCGAAAUACAGCAAGAAAGUGUAAGA